AUGGCCCUUCUUGCUGAUACUUUCUUCUCAGAUUUCGACGAGUUAUUAGACAACGAAGCCGAUAUUUUUGAUGAAUAUAACUUUGAUGUAGACAACAUGGAAGAAGAUGAUGAAGAGAUGAUGGGGAUGGCUUCUGUAGUUGCUGUUAUGUUUCUCAACAUGACUAAUUCUGUGUACCGGGCUUUCAAAUUAAAGGAAGAGAAUGAAGCCGAUAUUCUUGAUGAAGAUAACUUGGAUGUGGAGAUCAUGGAAGAAGAUGCUGAUGGGGACCUAGCAGAUAUAGAAGCACUUAACUAUGAUGAUCUUCAUAGCGUUUCCAACCUGCAAAAAACACUGCACUAUGUUGAUAUCAUGCAGGAUGAAGAUAACUUGGAUGUGGAGAACAUGGAAGAAGAUGCUGAUGGGGACCUAGCAGAUAUAGAAGCACUUAACUAUGAUGAUCUUGAUAGCGUUUCCAACCUGCAAAAAACACUGCACUAUGCUGAUAUCAUGCAGAAAGUUGAAGAUGCACUUGAGAAUGGGGCUGAAAUCUCAAAUCAAGGGAUUGCUUCAGACGGCGAUCGAGAAUACCAGCUGAUAGUAGACUGUAAUGCCUUAUCUGUUGAUAUUGAGAAUGAAAUUGGUGUCAUCCACAAUUUUAUCCGUGACAAGUACCGAUUAAAGUUUCCAGAGCUUGAAUCCCAAGUUCAACACCCCAUAGAUUAUUCUCGAGUAGUUAAAAAGAUUGGGAAUGAGGUGGAUCUGACCCUUGUUGAUUUGGAAGCACUUGCUCUGGUUUUGGCAAAGAAAAAAGUUCUUGUUUUUCUGGAGAGUAGAAUGGGAGAUAUUGCUCCAAAUCUUUCUGUUCUUGUUGGAAGUGCUGUUGCUGCAAAACUUAUGGGGAUUGCUGGUGGUCUUCCAGCACUAGCUAAUAUUCCAGCUGAUAAUGUUGAGCAUCUUGGUGCCAAGAGAAAGAACUUGGCAGGGUUUUCCAGUGCAACAUCCCAAUUUCGUGUAGGUUAUCUUGAGCAAACAGAGAUUUUUCAGAGCACACCCCCUUCUUUGAGGAUAUGUGUAGACUGUAUCAGAGGAGAUCCAACGGGGAAGAAAGGAAGAGAUUACCGGGAUCAAAUCCAUAAGAUGAUUGAAAAGUGGCAAGAGCCACCUCCUGCAAAGCAACCUAAAGCUCUUCCAGUUCCUGAUACCCAGCCUAAAAAAAGGAGAGGUGGUCAUCGGUUGCGGAAGAUGAAAGAAAGAUAUGCUAUUACGAAAAUGCGGAAGCCGGCAAAUAGGAUGCAGUUUGGAGUACCUGAAGAGAGUUCUUUAGGCAAUGGACUGGGGGAAGGAUAUGGAAUGCUAGGCCAGGCUGGAAGUGGGAAGUUGCAUGUCACAGCUGAACAGAGCAAGCUUGCUGCUAAAGUUAUGAAGAAGUUCAAGGUGAAGCAUUAUGGAAGCAGUGGUGCUACCUCGGGACUGACUUCAAGUUUGGCCUUCACCCCAGUGCAGGGGAUUGAGCUCUCAAAUCCACUGGCACAUGCACAUCAGCUUGGAAGUGGAACUCAAAGCACCUAUUUUUCAGAAACUGGAACAUUUUCAAGGAUCAAGAGGACGUGAAGCACUGCAAGGUGGGAAGCAUGUCACACCUCAAUAAUUAUUCAUGAUUCCUGAGUUCUGAUGGUGGACUCCUAUGGUGGAUUGAGAUUGGUCGAGGGUCUAAGCUUGAGAGGCCACUCCUGGAACACGACGGAGUUGAAGAAUUCUGCUGCAAUAUACAGCCUUCAAGUUCCAUCUCUCCAAAUGAGGCCACAAAUGGUGCAUACCUAUAAUUAACUGGGUAUUUUCCUCCAUGAGUUGCCCACUGUGAUCCAUCCCAUAUUGUUGCAUGGGCUGACAUUGGCUUCAAUGGAUAAGCAGCAGAGAUUGCUUCAUUGUGGAUAAUCUCUCUUACAGGUACAUUGUCUACUAGAAAUCUG